AGCUCGAGUAACGCACAAUGGCCAAUCUCAAAGAUGAUUUGGAUCAGUAUCUGCUACUGCAGAGUGAACAAAAGAAAAAAUUCAAAGUGCCACAGUUGAAGGUGCCGGAAAAAUUUGGUAAAAUAUUUCGAAAUAGUGAACCGGAGGCCAACAGUUGGCUGAAGGACACCCAGGAUAGCUGUUGUCCAAAACUGUCACGCCUGCAACGCAUUGUCGGCUUUGUGGCCUGCCUUGGCAUGGGCACUCUCUGCAUAACCAUAUCCCUGUUCUACAUUCCUGUCCUCUUGCUGAAGACGCGCAAAUUUUCAUUACUCUACACGCUGGGUAGUUUAUUUUUCAUUUUGAGUUUUUGUUUCCUCUCCGGAUUUUUGGCCUUUUUCAAAACACUUUUUACCAAACAAAGAGCCCUGGUGUCAUCGACAUAUUUCAGUUGUAUGUUCGCCACCCUAUAUUGUGCCCUAUGGCUACAGAGUACUGCGUUGACGGUACUCUUUGCCCUGGCCCAAAUGAUUGCCUUGGCCUUUAUGGUGGUGGGCACUGUGCCGGGUGGUGCUACGGGUAUGAAAUUCUUUGGUUCCUUAUUUAAGAGUAGUGUAAGUUCAUCGGCGAGUUCGAGUGCUUUACCGGUUUAA